AUGGCUGCUGCGGGCAGUGGUUUCGAUGCGCGAGAUUUCACAUGGGUGGCACAGCUGCCGGCCGUGUGGGACGGUGUUCGUGCCUACCGUGAAAGGAGCCUCAACGGAAUGAAUUUGCUGCGCGGGAUUGUUCUGCAGGCAUAUGGUCCCGACCCUGUGGUUGUCGGCAACCUGGAAUGCUGCAAGGUUAACUCCGAUAUCCUGGCCACGAUCCUUAAGAUCAUGGGUGACGUGGGGUGCAUCUUUGUUCCAAGGGUAUUCCUGUUGCAGGGGGCUUGUUUGGAGUUCCAUUGCAACGCCGGCUAUCCCGAAGCCUUGAGCCUGGGUGGUGCAGCUUAUUCAGACGGAUGGGGCUUGAAGCGAAUGCUCGGCUUCUUGAAGCGCAAAUGGAUGCGUGAUCAGAAGCCUCGGGACAGGACCAUUCGCAAGCUCGUGGCAGAGUUUGACCGGGCCUUCAAGAAGUUGGGACAGGCUGUUGGCGACCGCAUCGCAAGAGCUCUGCGAGCUCGAGGGGAGGAUGAUGAUGACGACGAGGAUCCCCAAGCGGAGGUGGAUUCGGACCGGCCCAGGGCUGCUGAAAAUCCGGAUUCGAAAGAGAUGGUGCCGGGGAAUGCCUCGGUCAGUGUUGAGCUGCCCGAAGAGAUGGCCCCAACAAGUGCGGUGCCAGAGCAGGCUCCGGUGAAUCCUGAGGUGAUGCCUCAUGAGGAAGCAGCUCCGCUGCUUCCUAGGCAGCCUACACGUGAGGAUUUAGAGAAGGAACUUCGCAUAGCUGAGCUCAAGCUAGAGGCCAAACGACUGUAG